AUGGCAGAUUUUCAACUGAGAAAGUGUGCAAAAAGUGAGCAGACUCAUGAAGAGGAUCGUAUUAGUCUGCUUCCAACUGAGAUCCUUCUUUACAUUCUCUCAUUUCUAAAGCUGAAAGAAGUUGCUAGAGCAAGUCUAGUGUCCAAACGUUGGAUGGGAUUUUGGAUGUUUGCUGUUCAACUUGAUUUUGAUGCUUCCAAAGUUUUAAAACAAUUAUCUGCAUUGGAUGAUAAUAAUGUCCUUAGAGAGAAGAGGCGCUGGUAUGUUGAGUGGGUGAAUAAAGUACUGCAAUCGCACAAAGCCAUGGUGAUUGACGAGUUUAGGAUUUGCUUUGAAUUGGACAAAUCCUCUCAAGAUGAUAUUGAUAAAUGGCUCCGCUAUGCAUUUUCUAGGAGGGUUCAGACGCUAGAAUUGAACUUUUUAAUGCACGGGCACCCUGAGUUUUUAAUUUUCAAGCCUUAUCUUUUCCCGUCAUGCAGGAUCCUUGAUCAAAGUUGUGAGAAAAGUUCAGCUGAAUCUCCUUCUGCUGACCUUGACAAUGGCAUCUGUACUCUCCCACUGACUGACUUUAAAUCCCUCAAAUCAUUGACUUUAGCAGGCGUUGAUAUCACUGAGAAGACUCUUAAUUUUUUAAUUAACAACUUCCAUUGUCUCGAGCGUCUCACCGUGAGUGGCUCACACUCGAGAGAUUUGACAAGUGUUGCAGUUUGUCGUUCGUCUCUAAAAUAUCUUGAAUUAACCUAUUGUCAUUAUUUGAAAUCCAUCAUUGUGCGUGAUACGUGUCUUGCCUCACUUAAAAUUAGUUGGGUGUGUGACUUGGUGCUUGAAAAUGUCCCGAUGCUUGUGAAUGUAUGGGUUUCCAGAUGGAUGAUCAGGCAAGUAAUCCCACUGCUUUCAAGCCUCCUAUCAAGAUUGGAGGUUCUUACCUUACUUCUCUUCAAUCUUGAGAAUAAAGAGGAACGGGGUUUUCAUGAGGUUCCCCAACUAACUGGAUUGAAGCAAUUAAUCUUAACCGUUGGGGCAUAUAAAGAUGAUAGCCUUAUUCGUAUAACUUCUUCGUUUGUGCAAGCCUCCCCUAACUUGGAGAAGUUUGUAUUGGAGUUGCAUUGGCACGGUGUCCGUCGAACAGAAAGAAAAAUUGAGAAAGUUUCAAGUCCUCCUCUUCAACGACUUAAAGUUGUGGAGAUCCUUGGGUAUUUUGGUCGUAAAGCAGACGAUGAACUUGUCAUGUACUUUUUAGAGAACGGCACUGCUCUUGAAAGAAUAAUCCUUGACCCUCGUUCCCCGGAGAUUAUGUAUCGCAAACGUAUCAAGAAACCAAAGGCAGAGAAGAUGGCCAGAAUUCAUGCCGGGGCGCUGUUUAAGGAAUUGAUGAUACCUUCAUUUGUUGAAUUAGUCAUUCUUUAG